UAGACAUACAUUAGCUAAGCAACAAGGUCCUUUUUAGACAGUUAAUAUUUAGUCCUUCCUGUGUAUGAAAGGAAUACACACAGGCCAUAAUCGUUCAUAACACACCAACAGUGAUUUUUAUUUUUUGAUAAAGAGAUUUCGUUAGUAAACAUUCAAGUGUUAACCAUAUGCCUUUUUAAUUUUUUUUUUUUUUGGAAAAUUUAAUUUUGUGUUAAAAAUGUUUUUAAAAUAUUAUUUAUUCGUUUGUUUAAUUUAUUUAAUAGAUUUAUCCCCACAACUGUUGGCCGAAGAUAACAAUAUUAAAUAUAAGGUCCAAGAUAAGAAUGGGAAAACAUGUAUUUUUGCUAAUUUCGAUAUUACGCUAGAAAUUGGAUACGAUGAGGAAGACAAAAACAAAAAGGUGAAAGCAGAAUUACCCGAAAAUGUGGAACAGGAAGGAGAUUGUUCAGAGUCAUUAUUGGUAUUAAAAUGGACACCUGACGACGGCGAAUCUACAACUACCACCACAAAACCAACUACAGAAGGUUCGACUGAACCAACUACAGAAGGUUCGACUGAACCAACUACAGAAGGUUCAACUGAACCAACUACAGAAGGUCCGAUGGAACCAACUACAGAAGGUCCGACUGAAUCAACUACAGAAAGCACUACUGAAUCAACUACAGAAAGUACGACUGAAUCAACUACAGAAAGUACUACUGAAUCAACUACAGAAAGUACGACUGAAUCAACUACAGAAAGCACUACUGAAUCAACUACAGAAAGUACGACUGAAUCAACUACAGAAAGCACUACUGAAUCACCUACAGAAAGUACUACUGAACCAACUACAGAGAGUACUACUGAAUCAACUACAGAAAGUACUACUGCACCAACUACAGAAAGUACGACUGAAUCAACUACAGAAAGUACUACUGAAUCAACUACAGAAAGUACUACUGAAUCAACUACAGAAAGUACUACUGCACCAACUACAGAAAGUACGACUGAAUCUACUACAGAAAGUACUACUGCACCAACUACAGAAAGUACGACUGCACCAACUACAGAAAGUACUACUGCACCAACUACAGAAAGUACGACUGAAUCAACUACAGAAAGUACUACUGAAUCAACUACAGAAAGUACUACUGCACCAACUACAGAAAGUACGACUGAAUCAACUACAGAAAGUACUACUGAAUCAACUACAGAAAGUACUACCGAAUCAACUACAGAAAGUACGACUGAAUCAACUACAGAAAGUACUACCCAAUCAACUACAGAAAGUACGACUGAAUCAACUACAGAAACAACAACUUCAGAAUCAACCACUGAAGAAAAUUCUGAAUUGAAAACAAGACAAAGAAGAUCAUUAUUAGCCGUUACUGCUGAUAAAAACGACGAUGAAAAAAAAUCAACAAUAAUGUUGUAUUUUAAGAAAAAUGAUAACAAAGAAUUCUACAUUCAUAAAAUUGAAACUAAUAUAAUACUUGAUUCAAGAAUUUUAAAGGAUGUUGAAGAUAAAGACAAAUAUUUAAAUAAAGAAGUAGUCGAUAAAGUUGAGAAUGCGGAAUUAUUCAAAACACCGGUUGGACAGAGUUACAAAUGUGAUAAAGAAAGUGAAGUUGAUGUGAAAUCAGUAGAAGAUAAAACUAAAUUGUAUUUCAAAGAUUUACAAAUUCAAGCUUUUAAUGAAGAAGACGAAGUAAAAUUCGGUGACGCCGUUGAAUGUCCUUCAUCUUCAAGUAGUCCUGCACUUGCAAUUACGAUUGGUGUAUUAGUUGGUGUCAUAGUCGUGGUUGCAAUUAUCGGUGGAAUUUAUGGUUAUCGACGAUCAAAGAGUCAAGGAUAUCAAAAGAAAUACGAAGUGCCAUAAAUCAAAAACAAUUUUGAAAAAGUACUUAAUAAAAUUUAAUAAUUUUAUUAUUAUUGUUAAGAAAAUUAUUUUAAUAUUUAUAUAAAUGUAUAUAUUUAUACGCCUGCAACUUACCCUCAAAAUGUAGUUCACAUAAGUAAUGAAAAAUUGCCUCUGAAUCGAUAGGCACUACACAACCAAUAAUCCAAAAAAAUAUGGUAAUUAUCGGGUGUAUUCGAGUGUCACUUUUGGUAAAGUCAAACCAAAAGUAUUUCGAUAAUUAAAUUAGGAUACGUUGCAGGCUUAUAACAGUUUUAAUCUAAAUAUUCUAAAUUGAAUUAAAACCUAACCUAGUUGAAUACUUAAUUUCAAUUGUAAAACCAAAAUCUUAUCGAACAUUACACGAUUAAUUGAUAAUUUCUAUUUUUCCACGUGUGGAAAACUGGCUCCAAGUGUCCUAAAUUUCAAUAUUAUUUACUUGGUAACCAAAAUUGGUUUUCUCAGAACGGUUAUGAGAGCAAAAUGUCGACCACUUGUUCACACCUUUAAAGUUCUAAAGUGCAUUUUAAGGUGUCAUAAUUGACAUAUUUUUGGAGAAUAAAGUUAUCUUCAUUUUUUGAGGCUUAAAAUUUUCAGAUUACCUGCAACUACAAGCUUGAAAUGAAGACGACUUUAUUCUCCAAAAAUAUAUCAGUACUUUACACCUUGGAGUACUUAAGAAUAUCACAGCUGUGGGCAAGUGAUCGACAUUUAGCUCUCCAGCGUUCGUUUUGGCUCAUUACGACCAAUUUUUCGAUUUAUCCAAUCAUCAGUGGAUAUAAAUGUCUUGGUUCAGGAUAUUUAAGUUAGAUGGACAGUAAUUAGAAUAAUGCCACUUUUUAUAGAAUAAUUACUGCACAUUAAUCUAUAAACUGCGAUUUUUUUCGAUAUUCACAGCCUCUGCUUGAACCAAAAGAAAUCGUUUGGUGAAAUUGAAAGUUUGA